AUGUCGUUGCGGACGAGCAUUGCAGGCGUAGCAGCCCUGGCUGCCCAAGCUCUCGCCGUCGAGCUCACCACCUUCGGCUUCCCAGACUGCGCCAAUGGCCCACUGAAGGACAAUCUAGUCUGUGAUGGCUCUGCCUCUCCCCGGGACCGGGCAGCCGCCCUCGUCAACGAGCUCACCCUGGAGGAGAAGUUCAACAACACCGGCAACACCAGCCCUGGCGUGCCCCGUCUCGGCAUCCCUGCUUACCAGUGGUGGAACGAGGCUCUCCACGGCGUGGCUUUCACUCUGCCCGGCAAGCCAAUGACCGAUUCCGGCAACUUUUCCUACGCCACCUCUUUUCCCCAGCCCAUCCUCAUGGGCGCCGCCUUUGAUGACGAGCUGAUCUACGACGUAGCGAGCGUCAUCAGCACCGAGGCGAGAGCCUUCAGCAACGGUGGCCGUUCUGGCUUGGACUACUGGACUCCUAACAUCAACCCGUACAAAGACCCAAGAUGGGGUCGUGGACAAGAAACCCCUGGAGAGGACCCCUUCCACCUCGCCAGCUAUGUGCAAAAUCUCAUCCGCGGCCUCGAGGGCGAUCAAGGUGAUCCCUAUAAGAAAAUUGUAGCGACUUGCAAGCACUUCACUGGCUACGACAUAGAAAACUGGAACGGCAACUUCAGAUACCAGUUCGACGCCCAGAUCAGCAUGCAGGAUAUGGUCGAGUAUUAUAUGCCCCCAUUCCAGGCAUGCGCCAGGGAGGCCAAGGUUGGAGCCUUCAUGUGCUCCUACAACGCUGUCAAUGGCGUGCCAACCUGCGCCGACCCCUGGCUCCUGCAGACUGUUCUUCGCGAGCAUUGGGGCUGGGAUCAGGAGGACCAGUGGGUUGUCGGUGACUGUGACGCCAUACAAAACGUCUACCUUCCGCACGAGUGGGCUGCUACUCGUGAGCAGGCCGUCGCCGACACCCUCAAGGCUGGAACCGAUCUCAACUGCGGCACUUACUACCCAAAAUACCUGCCUGGUGCCUAUGAGCAAGGCUUGAUCAACGACACUGAUCUGAACAGAGCACUCACGCGAACGUACGCAUCCCUCGUCAAACUCGGAUACUUUGACAGCGCCGAAGACCAGCCUUACCGCCAGAUCGGUUGGUCCGACGUCAACACCCAGCACGCUCAGGAGCUGGCACUCAAGGCCGCGCGGGAAGGCAUCGUUCUGCUCAAGAACGACGGCCUGCUCCCCCUGUCCCUCGACGCCAUCUCUUCCAUCGCGCUGAUCGGCUCCUGGGCCAACGCCACCGAGCAGAUGCAAGGCAACUACUACGGCAUCCCCCCCUACCUGCACUCGCCCUUGUACGCCGCCCAGCAGCUCGGCGUCACGGUCAACUACGCCGAGGGCACGAGCCAGGACAACCCCACGACGGACGACUGGGGCGCCGAGUACGAUGCGGCUGCCAAGUCCGACGUCAUCAUCGUCGUCGGCGGCAUCGACAACGACGUCGAGAGCGAAGGGCUGGACCGGCUCGCGCUGGCGUGGUCCGGCCCGCAGCUCGACAUGAUCACCCGGCUCGCCUCGUACGGCAAACCGGUCGUAGUCGUGCAGAUGGGCGCCGGCCAGCUCGACUCGACGCCGCUCGUCGCCAACGCCAACAUCUCGGCCCUGCUCUGGGCCGGCUACCCGGGCCAGGACGGCGGCGUCGCCCUCUUCGACGUCAUCACCGGCGUCGCGCCGCCCGCCGGCCGCCUGCCCAUCACCCAAUACCCGGCGCGCUACACGUCCCAGAUCCCCAUGACGGACAUGUCCCUGCGGCCGUCGGCCUCGAGCCCCGGCCGCACGUACAAGUGGUACAACGGCACCGCCGUCUUCCCCUUCGGCUUCGGCCUGCACUACACCAACUUCUCCGCCGAGGUGACGGCCGGCCCGGACGGCCAAUCUUUCGCCAUCGCCGACCUGAUCGCGUCCUGCAGCAGCAACCAAACCACCACGACCCCCAAACUCGACCUCUGCCCCUUCACCGCCCUCUCCGUCGCCAUCACAAACACCGGGCCCCUCCCCUCCUCCGACUUCGUCGCCCUCGCCUUCCUCACCGGCUCCUUCGGCCCCGCGCCCCACCCGCGCGCCUCCCUCGUCGCGUACCAGCGCCUGCACGACGUCGCUCUCAACGCCACCGCGCCUUCGGUCGCGACGCUCAACCUCACGCUCGGCAGCCUGGCGCGCGUCGACGAGAGCGGCGACAAGGUGCUGUAUCCGGGGGAUUACGCGGUCGUGGUGGAUGUGCCGGAGGCGCCGCUGGCGCGGGUGGAGUUUAGGUUGACGGGGGAGGAAGAAGGGGUCGUGAUUGAAAGGUGGCCGAGGUUGGAUGAGGGGAGUAGGGUGGGGGAGGGGGUGGUGAAUGUGCCGGAGGGGUAUUAUGAGGGGGGGUUUGGGAGUAGGAAUGGAGGGGAUGACGGGGUGGGGCAAGGGCAGGAGGUCCUCGGGGUGGGUUCGUGA